AUGGAGGCCGGCAUGGUGUAUGGCGCUCAAACUCCCUCCCUUUAUCCAGCCCUCGCUAGGUAUGAGCCUGAUCCUGCUAAUCCAUCUGAAGACAGCUUUGUACCGAUCGUAGCUGAUGGACGGGUAUGGCGUAUGGCCGACGUGAACGAAGUCGUGCCUGUAAAGCCAGUGAUAGAAGGAGGCCGAAUGCAUCUCUAUUGGUGA